ACAGAGCUCACUGUUGAGUUGCGACACACUGAAGAGCUGAUGUACUUGUUAUUUUGGGAUCUUCACCCCCUACUCACGGGCAAUUGGGAACGGCUAACAUGUGCUAGCCAAGCCAGUGACACUCACAUCCUGGGAAUGCAGGAAAGGAAGCUUUUUGCUACACACUGUCACUAUAACCUGGAGUUGUGUGAUUUUUAACACUGUUCCAAAACCAACAGAUUCUUUCAGUACAUUUGCCUCGGGGGAAUUGGAAUAGAUUUCACACCCAGCACACUCCCCACCAGUAGUGAGGAGCUGAAUACAAAUUGGGCGGAUGUCAAAGUAUAUGUAGAGGAGCAAUAACCAACUGUGGGCUGCAUUAGAAGAAAAUUAACGUGGGUCACAAGGAGCACUGGGAUAUGGCAACGCCAGCACAUGGUCAGCUCUGCCCAAACAUCUACAAUUCCUACUGUCUUAAUGGAGGCACCUGCUACAUUCUAAGAAUGUCCUAUCCAUUCUGCUGGUGCGAUGAUAGCUUCCAAGGAAGCCGAUGUGAAGAGUUCUUGCUACCGAGCCAUCAAUUACAUAGGGCUAUAAGUCCAUCACUGAUCGUUGUUAUUGUGGUGGCUUUGAUUAUUGUGUUCGCCAUAACACUUGGUAUAGCACACUUCUACUGCAGGAAACGGAGACAAAACAGAAAUAUCCAGAGGAACAGCAGCCUGCACUACACAGUGACAGCACAUAGAGCAAUUGACAUCAGGGAGAUACUGUCGGUCAGAUCCAGCAUCAAAAAACAAGAUGUAGACUCUAGACCCAAUUAGAAGUCCAAGGAGGGGAUGUUUUAGGUGAGAAAUGUCAAAGUGGAUGCCCCUUCUGAACUGCCGCUUGAGAGAAUCUCUCCUGGAAUGAAUGAACAAAAUGUUUGAGUCACACAAGUGACCAGCAGCAACAGCAGAAGGUCAUUGACCUGUUUGCUCCUGUAAGCCCUCUCACCUGGAUUUUUAAUAACAAGGGCCUCCAUUUCCAUGCCAACUCGGAUUCUUAAGGGGUUUGACAAGGUAAAUGCUGAGAGAAUGUUUCUCCUCAUGGGAGACUCUUGGAUCAGGCAGCACAGUCUCAGAAUAAACAGCUGCCAGUUUAAGACUGAGGAAUUUCUUCUAUCAGAGCGCUGUGAGUCUUUGGAACUCUUUGCCACAGAGAGCUGUGGGGGUAGAGUCCUUGUUUAUACCUCAGGCUGAGAUAGAUAGAGGUCUGAUCAGUCGGAAAACCAAGGGUUACGGCAGGAAAGUGGACACAAGGAAUAUCAUCUGAUCAGCAGUGAUCCUACUGACUGGUGGAGCCGACUUGAACAGUAAACAUCCUAUUCCAUUUCUUAUGGUCUUUGUAUAUUCUUCCAAACACCUCUGUUGUUCCACCUCAGUUAUGAAACUCACUUUGUUUUAUCAGUGAUGAAACAUCUGCAAGAAAAACAGAAUGUGCUGAAGAAGCUCGGCAGGUCUGGCAGUAUUCCUGGAGAGAGAAACAGAGUUAAUGAUAUGAUGAAACAUUUUUCGCUGGAACUACCUUUUCGUCAGUGCCUUAUCAAUUCCUGUACUUGGAUGUAAGGCUCAAAAUCACACUGUCCUGGUUAUCAAUUUGAUGUAUAGGUUGGCAGGAGAACAGCUGAGAUACCGCCCGACUGUGAUCACACUCUAUGGGCUUUGUAUGUUCUACUUAAUACACACUGCUACAAGAUAAAUUAUUCUAGAAAAAAUGAUGUGUUUUCACCUUGCUAUCUUCCCUGAAAUUUCUUGGACAAAGAUAAGAGUGUUACUUCAGUUGACCAUUGAGUAUAUACUAAGACCCAAAUAGUUUGCCUCCAUCCUCACAUGACCCACCUCCACCACCGUCUAUGAUCAUGAGCUGUUGAGAUCAUAAUCCUUGCUUUUCUUUCUGCCAGACAUGAAAACUACCAUUUACUCUUGGCUGGUCUUGUAUGCUCCAGCCUCCAUAAUCUUGAGCUCAUCCAAAACUCUCCUGCCCACAUCCUGACCUGCACCAAGUUCCAUUCACCCAUCACUUGGAUCAAACCUUUAAGUAAGAUGCUCUUAAAACACACUAAAACAGCAGCUAAUGAAUUUGAAAGACCCUAUACAGACCACAAGCAAAAUUAAUAUCAUUUAUAAAAUACCGUGCAAGAACUGUAACAAACACUACAUUGGACAAACAGGCAGAAAACUAGCCACCAGAAUACAUAAACAUCAACUAGCCACAGAAAGACAUGACCCACCCUCACUAGUAUUUUACAUACAGAUGAGGAAGGACACCACUUCAAGUGGGACAACACAUCCAUCCUAGGACAAGCCAAGCAGAAAAAAAUAAAAAUUCCUAGGAGCACAGCAUUCCAACCAGAACUCUACCAAUAAACAAAUUGACUUGGAUCCCAUUUACCACCCCCUGAGAAAAAGAAUGGAAAAUGACAUCACCACAGGAAAUGACAUCACCAACCCAAACCAAGCUAAACACAUAAAUAAAAAGUGGGCCUUACCACCGGAGGCACAGUGAUGAUGUUACCUACUGUGGUGACGAAAUGUCUGAAAACAAACCUUCCAGCUCAGCAAGCUACCUUACAUCCAUGCUCCUAAAAGCAACGACUGGAGAAA